UCGAGUCUCCUUGAUGGGAGUCGGCGCUUCUCGUUCGCUACAAAGAAUCGGCUCUUAGAGCCGGCUCGUUCGCGAACGACACAUCACAGGCAGGUGUUUAUUUGAGGAUCUCUCAGAGGUUUGCUCACCUGUACUUGCUGUCUUCUUUGGAAUAGACAGUGCCGCUAUGAACUCCGAGGUUUCUCUGCUGCUGGAAACCGUCAACUUCUCUGCGGAGAAGCACCGCAAUCAGCGCCGCAAGGAUCAUGAUGCGACCCCGUACAUCAACCACCCCAUAGGAGUGGCCAGGAUCCUGAGUCAUGAAGCUGGAAUCACAGACAUUGAAGUCUUGCAAGCAGCGUUGCUUCAUGACACCGUGGAAGACACGGACACCACUUUGGAAGAAUUGGAAGCUGUGUUUGGGGGAAAGGUGGCGAGAAUAGUCCAGGAAGUGACCGAUGACAAAACGCUACCCAAGCAGGAAAGAAAGAUGAUGCAGGUGGUACACGCGCCCCACUGCAGCCACCAGGCCAAACUGGUCAAACUGGCCGACAAACUGUACAACCUGCGCGACCUCAAUCGCUGCACCCCUACAGGCUGGACAUUUGAACGCGUUCAGGAGUAUUUCAUGUGGGCGGCGCAGGUAGUGAAAGGACUUCGUGGAACCAACGCUGCGCUCGAGGAAAAGCUGCAACAACUCUUCAGGGAGAGAAACGUGGACAUGCGAUGAUGAUCGGGGAGAUUUUUAAGAUUGUGCAGCUUUUAUGUCUUUUUUUUUUUUUUUUUUUAUAAUUUAUGGAUCAGACAAGGCAUUAUAAUUCUUUUUUUUUUUUUAAUGAGUUAAUUAAUCAUACAAAUGUAUUGGUUUAUUAUUGACAAUAAAAGUAAAUAAAUGGAUCUCUAUUAAGUGACACA